AUUAAAUCACAUGAUUAAUAAUUAUUACAUUGACUCAAAAUCUGCCAGUUCUUUUGAUUCUAUUCAAGACAGGUUGAGAUGUUGUGGAGUUAUGGGAGUAAAUGACUGGAAUAAUAUUCGCAUUGAUCAUAAAACAAUACCAAAUUCUUGUUGUCAAGUUAGAUUUACAAGUAAUAAUAAUGAAAAAAAUAAAUUUGUUUGUGCUGAAUAUUAUGAUUAUGGUUGUCUCAAUCAAAUGAAAAAAAUCAUAAAAAUGAAAACAAUUUUAUUAAUAUUUGGAACAAUGUCCGUUAUUUUAAUACAGCUGGCUGGAAUCGUAUUCAUAUCAAAAUUGAGAACAAAAGAUGAAGAAAACAAGUUAAACAGACAAAAAUCAGAAUUAUCAAAAUUAGUUUACCCUGAUAGAUUAGAAGGAUAA